GAUCCGCGCAGUGGUCGCUGCGCUUUGUUGUCAUAAUUUCGUCAAAACCUGGUGCAAUAAUCGUCAACAAUGGCCAGCAUAACAAUCGAAAAAACAAAAUACCAGUGCGCACCAACACCGAAGCGUUUCCAUCGCGAGGAAUUGUUGAAAAAUCACAGCUUAUCUGUCAGCAAAGUAGACCUAACCUAUUACGGCAACCGAGCGGUACGGACGGAUGCCUCGCUCGUACCACCGAUCCGCCAGACCGCUUCGAUUUUCAAACAACCGGUGACUGUCUACAAAUCGCACGACAGCAAAGUGAAAACGGACUACAAGAAUGGCAACCAGGAAAAGCCGAAACAGCUGAUAUGGGAAAAGCGACUGGAAGGUUUGAGAGCAUGCGACUUGGACGGCACCGAAUUCGAAGCCAUGGAGCUGCCGAAGGGGCUCAAAGCCGUGGGACCACACGUAACUGAAGAGACCAUCAUACAGAGUGUGGCGACCGCCCUGCACGUUUCGGCCACACCGGUGACGGGACAGACCGGAUCCAAGAACACGUUGGAAAAGAAUCCCGGGGUGUUUUUAGAUCCGAAACAACCGUUGGUGCAGUCCGUUAACAUAUCCGACGAGGACAUCAAGAAGCAGGAGGACAGAGUCGCAAUCGCCAGGCGAAAACUGCAGGAAGCUUUGAAAGCUUAGAUAAUUUAUUGAGUUAGUUUAAGUUAAGUUUAAGUUAUACAAGUAUUAUUGUGUGAAUAUUGAUUUUUAUAUAAUUGUAUAAAUAAAACGUUUCUUUGUACAA